AUGGCACAAAAUCCAUGGUAUGUAAAGAAGUCAAAAGCGUUAAGAACGAACAAGUUGGAAAAGAUCAUUAACAAGUUCAAUGAAGAAUAUUACCACUUAAUGUACAUACCCAAAUUUAAGUCUAUAAGAAGUACACUGCUAGGAAUUUUUGAUAACUCAGAUCUAAUAAUUGAAAAAAAAACAUUUAAUAUAGUAAGCAUAAGUUGCAUAGCUCAGAUACCACCACAAUCUUUAAAUAACGCAAAGGAUGGCAUAAGUAUUUAUUUAUCCAAAUUUAUGUUAAAAGUAAACCACGAUGUAGAAGGAUUUAGCUUGUGCUUCACAGAUAUUAAAUUAAAGGAGAAGGAACCGAAAAUUAUUAGCGGUGAUUCAUCAGUUAUGUUUUUAAAAAUUAGUUUUAAGCUUUUAAACUUGGUUUUAAAGGAAAACAGCAGAAUAAAAGUUAAAAUAAAUAAAAUUGAACCUUCGAAAAUUUAUUUAAACUUUUUUCAUAUUAUUGAGGCAACAUACUUUGAAGAGAUGUUAAAGUAUUUUCGUUAUGACCACAAAAGUAACACAUUUCGAAGGGAUAAUAAGAUAUAUUCUAUAAAUGAUGUUAUGAAUUUUACUAUAAAAAAUGUUACUUCCUCGGAUACAGGCUCAAAUGUUAAGUUAAUUGGUCAUAUAUAG